AUGGCAGAACCCCUGUAUCAUGAUGCGCUGGCCGACGAGUUGGUCGUCCAGGAAGUCAUUCUCGACUCCCUCCAGGGCGAACACUUCGAUGGGGCCGAACAGGAGCGCCAGGAGGCGAGGCGCGAGAUUGCCAGGUUGAGGGCCCUUCUCAGUCAGCCGCCGGGACCUGCUCAAACCCCCAACAGGGACUCGAGCUGCGAUGGAGACGGCCGUGACGAUGCCCAAGCCCAGAGCCGCCAUUCUCUGCCCACCUCGACAACCCCAACAGCGCGACUAUCCGCCAGCGUGGAACCAGCCAGUUCGCGCCGUAGCUCGGCGGCAUUUUCGACUCGCACGCUCAGGAUGGACAAUGACAUCUGGAGAAGCCCAGGUGCCCGCUCUCUGCCGAGUCGCAAGCGAGUUAAUGGAUUCGCCACACCGCAAGACAGCGCCAGCAGUGUCAUAGACAUUAUCGACCUUACUGGGGAUGACGUCGAUUACGAUGCGACAUGCAUCGCUCAACAUAUCAAAGAAGAGAAGACACGAGCAGGAGAUGAGACAGGAGUCUGGCUCAGCAGCUUUCGAGCCAAGGAGAUCCUGCUCCAGUCGUCCCGUCUACUCCGGCUCCAGGACGGCCGGGAGCAGUCGGUUUCGCACCGGCUUCGAGCAUGUAUGGCCCCCAGGACUCCAGCCUUGCCGAGCUCCGGCAGCGUGAGCCUGCUUGAUGCCAUUGACAAACCCAGCAUGCUCGACUAUGCCAACCAGCUCGACGCUGAAGGAAAUCCCUUUGCCGACAGGUUAUCCAGCUUUCUUGACCACGCGUACCAUGAUCCCAAUUCACUCUACCACCACCAGGAACUCGCCUUGUCUUGGAUGAAGAAAAUGGAGGAGGGUACCAACAAAGGCGGCAUCUUGGCCGACGACAUGGGUCUCGGCAAGACGAUAUCCACCCUGGCUCUCAUGUUGGCAAGACCUGCCGUAGGGCGACCCAAGACGAACUUGAUUAUCGGGCCGCUCUCGCUAGUACGCCAGUGGGAGGAAGAGAUUUCGAAGAAGACUAAGCUCUCGCAUCGCAUGUCCGUCUUCGUAUAUCACAACACCAAGGCGAUGACGGAUGACUUGCUCAGAUACGACGUUGUCCUAACGACGUACGGCACAAUCGCUCAAGAACUAAAGCGGCUGGAGAAGUUCAUGGAGGACAACGCCGAUCGGAACAUUGACUUAAACGACAGGGCCAACGCUCUCAAAUUUCCCUUGCUGCACCCGACCAAAGCUGUCUUUCAUAGAGUCGUGCUCGACGAGGCACAGUGCAUUAAGAACAGGAAGACCAAGACGGCGAAAGCCUGCCACGCGCUCAAAUCCACAUAUCGGUGGUGCCUCACUGGUACCCCGAUGAUGAAUGGGGUCCUCGAACUCUUCUCUCUUGUUCAGUUCCUCCACAUCAAGCCUUACUGCGUGUGGGAGAAUUUUCGACAGGCGUUUGGCAUCCUUUGCGGUCUCAAGGGCGAUGCAAGAGCGUCGCCAUGA